AGCAGAGCGUGCCCAGGCCAGUGCCUUAGAUUCGGGGGCGGCCCCGUUUCAGUCGUUGGGCGCAAGAACCUGCCUCUGACUUAUGACUGCUUUGAUCAAAUGUGUAACAGAAGUGAUGCUAUGUGACUUCCAAAGCUAUGUCGUCAUCAGCCAUGGAGAUUUCUUAUUCACUAGAACAUGUGCUCUUGAAGCCAGAGACACCAUGUAAGAAAUCCAACGAGCCUGAGUCCUUCACAUGGAAAAGGCCACUGUGUUCAAAUCCAAACUGAGCUCAUCCUUAAGCCAUCUCAGCCCAUCCAUAAUACAUGGUCUCUUAACCAUCCCUGCAAGUUCUGGGCUCCAAAUUUGUAACUAAGGCUGCUGACUCUACCUUGACCUUGUUCUGCCCCUGGCUGCAGCAGCCCUUGAGAGAAUGUCUUUGUGGCUCUAGCAUGAGACUUCAAGCAGUUGGCUCACUACUGGAAAAAUAAAGGAUACUGCCAGACUGACCUUCCUGUCUGUGGCAAUGUUCUCCCCGUGCAAGAGGAUGACCAGUUCUUCACGCUCCCAAAUCCUUCUAAUGUGGAAGCCAGACAAGGUUCAGAGUGGACCCCACAAUGUGGAGAAGGAAACGCAUGCUUUGAGACUCUUGCGUGACACUGAGACCUGUCGACAGAAUUUUCGAAAUUUCCCAUAUCCAGACAUAGCUGGUCCUCGAAAGGCAUUGAAUCAACUCCGAGAGCUCUGCCUUAAAUGGUUAAGACCUGAGAUUCGCUCCAAGGAACAAAUCUUGGAGCUGCUGGUGCUAGAGCAGUUCCUGACCAUCCUGCCUGGGGAGGUUAGGACGUGGGUGAAGUCCCAGUACCCAGAGAGCAGUGAGGAAGUGGUGACUCUGGUGGAGGAUUUGACUCAGAUUCUAGAAGAGGAAGCUGCUCCUCAGCAUUCUGCCCUUCCCCAAGAGACCCCAGAGGAAGACCCCAAAGGAAGACCUGCUUUCCAGGCAGGAUGGUUAAAUGACUUGGUGACCAAAGAAUCAAUGACAUUCAAAGAUGUGGCUGUGGAUAUCACCCAGGAGGACUGGGAGAUCAUGCGUCCUGUACAGAAGGAAUUGUACAAGACUGUGACAUUACAGAACUACUGGAACAUGGUUUCUCUGGGACUGACCGUGUACCGACCAACUGUGAUUCCCAUGUUGGAAGAACCAUGGAUGGUGAUAAAAGAAAUCUUAGAAGGCCCUAGUCCAGAAUGGAAAACAGAAGCCCAAGAGUGUACUCCAGUUACAGAUACUUCUAAGUUCACAAAGACUGGUACUCAGACCAUCAAGUUGGAGGAACCAUAUGACUACGAUGACAGAUUAGAGAGGCAAGCAGCAGAUACCUUCAGGAAAAUUCCCACCAGCGGAAGAAACUCCCCUUUGAAGUCCGUCCUCUCGCAAGAAGAUGACCCUAUGGAAGAGUGUCUUAGUAAAUAUGAUAUAUAUAGAAAUAGUUUUGAAAAGCAUUCAAACCUAAUUAUUCAGUUUGGUGCCCAAUCAGAUAAUAAAACUAUGUAUGAUGAAGGCAGGGCAACCUUCAAUCAUGUCUCAUAUGGUAUUGUACAUAGAAAGAUAUACCCUGGAGAGAAGCCUUAUAAGUGUAACGUGUGUGGCAAAAAGUUUAGGAAGAACCCGUCCUUCGUGAAACACCAAAGUACCCAUGCCAAAGAAAAAUCUCAUGAAUGUGAAGAAUGUGGGAAAGAGUUUAGGCAUAUCUCAUCCCUUAUUGCACAUCAGAGAAUGCAUACUGGAGAAAAACCAUACGAAUGCCACCAGUGUGGUAAAGCCUUCAGCCAGCGUGCACACCUUACCAUACAUCAGAGAAUUCAUACUGGAGAGAAACCCUAUAAGUGUGAUGACUGCGGAAAAGACUUCAGUCAGCGUGCACACCUGACUAUACAUCAAAGGACACAUACUGGAGAGAAACCAUAUAAAUGCUUGGAAUGUGGUAAAACCUUCAGCCACAGUUCAUCGCUGAUUAAUCAUCAGCGAGUUCACACCGGUGAAAAACCUUACAUAUGCAACGAGUGUGGGAAAACUUUCAGUCAGAGUACACACCUUCUUCAGCAUCAAAAAAUACAUACCGGGAAGAAACCAUAUAAAUGCAAUGAGUGUUGGAAAGUGUUUAGUCAGAGUACUUACCUUAUUCGACAUCAGAGAAUUCAUUCCGGAGAGAAGUGUUAUAAAUGUAAUGAAUGUGGAAAAGCCUUUGCUCAUUCCUCGACUCUCAUUCAACACCAGACUACUCACACUGGAGAGAAAUCCUAUAUAUGUAAGAUAUGCGGAAAAGCCUUCAGCCAGAGUGCAAACCUCACUCAACACCACAGAACACACACUGGGGAGAAACCGUAUAAAUGCAGCGUGUGUGGAAAAGCAUUCAGCCAGAGCGUACACCUUACUCAGCAUCAAAGAAUUCAUAAUGGAGAAAAACCCUUCAAAUGCAAUAUAUGUGGGAAAGCAUAUAGACAGGGUGCCAAUCUCACUCAACAUCAGCGGAUUCAUACCGGAGAGAAGCCGUAUAAGUGUAAUGAAUGUGGGAAAGCUUUUAUUUAUUCCUCGUCACUUAAUCAACAUCAGAGAACUCAUACUGGAGAACGGCCCUAUAAAUGUAAUGAAUGUGAUAAAGAUUUUAGCCAGCGAACAUGCCUUAUUCAACACCAGAGAAUUCACACAGGAGAGAAGCCCUAUGCAUGCCGUAUAUGUGGUAAAACCUUCACCCAGAGUACGAACCUCAUUCAGCAUCAGCGUGUUCAUACUGGUGCCAGACAUCAUAAUUAAUGGAUGUGGCAGAUGACUUCACUUAGGUUUUACAGUUCACCCGAAUUUUAUUUUGUGCUCCGUUAAAACAUUAUUCAAAAGAAGUGCAAUAUAUGUUAGAUAUCAGCAGAAGUAUCAGAAGUAUCAGAAUUAGUAAUGUGGAUAUAAGCUAUUUAAAUUUAAUGUGAAAUUUAAAAAGAAAACUUUAUUCACUUCUUAACCUUUAUUUGAUACUAGUCCAAUUCAUUCCAGAGAGAAACCCAAUCUGUAACUCAUCAACUCUUAGUGUAUUUGAAGUACUUCUUAGUGAGACCUUAUGAAUGUAACUUGGGAAAGCUUCCAUCAAGUAGGGAUUUCACACUAGCAAGGAAUCUUGGGAGAGUUGAAAAAGCUGCUUUAAGGCCUUUAUUACUUCCCAGCUUUGAAGCCUUAAAUACAUAAGGGGUUCCCUUCCCUUUUCCUAUGAAUGCCAUAACUGCCAUGUGGAGCCAGUAGGUUUGCAAAAUAUAUACAGUGGAAAGGAUCUUUUUAAUUUCUAUGUGACAACUGUGUAAUUACAUUUUCCUUUAUUGAAAUAUUCAAGGAAGAGAAGCUUAAUGAAACAUGAUCUGUUAGGAUAACUAAUGUAUAUAUAACCUUUAGACGUGUACAAAUUAAACAGGCAAAAAUUAAACACCCAUCCUUAAAUUCACCUUUAAAACAUAUUAGCCUUAGUGUCACUAGGUUUUGACAUCUGUCAUCCUAAAGGAAAAAAUAAGAAAGUUACCUUUUUUUUUUUCACCUGACUCCUAAACU